CGAGGUGGUUCAGAUUCCGAUCCGCCCCAACAUGACCAAAUACCGAAGCACUCGCGGCGACGUCCGCAACUACUCGUUCGAGGAAGCUGUCCUGAGCGGCUUGGCGUCGGACCGAGGCCUCUUCGUACCUGAAGAGAACAGCUUCCCAUCGCUACCUCCAAAUGCUCUCUCGGAGUGGGCGUCGCUGUCCUACCAGGACUUGGCCGUGGAAAUCAUGUCGCUGUUCAUUGACCCCAACGAGAUUCCUCGUCGCGACUUGGAAGCCCUUGUGAAGAAAGCGUACACGUUUGGGGAUGCCAACUACCGCCACAAGGACGUCGCUCCUAUGGUCAAGAUUAAGGACAACUUGCAUGUGCUGGAAUUGUUCCACGGCCCAACAUUUGCCUUCAAGGACAUUGCGCUUCAAUUCCUUGGCCACCUCUUCGAGUACUUUCUUGAGCGUAAGAACAAGAACAGCGAUACUGUGCACCAAGUGACGGUCAUCGGCGCGACGUCGGGCGACACGGGAAGCUCUGCUAUUUACGGCCUUCGCAACAAGAAGAACGUCGGAGUGUUCAUCCUGUUUCCCAACGGCCGUGUGAGCGACAUCCAGGAGCAACAAAUGACGAGCGUCAUCGAUGACAGUGUGCACAAUCUGGCAGUCCAGGGCACGUUCGACGACUGCCAAGCCAUCGUGAAGGAUCUGUUCGCGGAUACCGCUUUCAAAAAGAAGUACAACCUCGGGGCAGUGAACUCGAUCAACUGGGCGCGCAUCCUGGCGCAGAUUGUGUACUACUUCUAUGCGUAUUUUCGUCUGCCGAACCGGGACAACGUGGUGUUCUCGGUCCCCACUGGCAACUUUGGCGACAUUCUCGCUGGGUUUUACGCCAAGAGAUUGGGGCUCCCCAUGGAGAAGCUCAUUGUCGCCACCAACGACAACGAUAUUCUUCACCGAUUCUUCUCCACCGGCAAGUACCACCGCACCCAUGUCAACCACACAACGAGUCCGUCGAUGGACAUCUGCGUCUCGUCCAACUUUGAGCGGUACCUGUUUUCGCUCUGUGGCGACGACCCCGCCGUGCUCAAGGAGUGGAUGACUACAUUCGAGUCAACGGGAAAGCUUACCGUCCAAGGGACUCUGCUAAAGAAGGCCCAGACCGAUAUGUCGUCGUAUUCCAUCCUGGAACCGGAAGUGCAGUCUACCAUCAAACAGUACCACGUCAAGCACGACUAUGUGCUGGACCCCCACUCUGCAAUCGGGGUGGCGGCGGCUGACCAUUACCUCGAGUCCGAGUCCCCCAACGCUUCGGUCGUAGUGUUGGCUACCGCUCAUUACGGCAAGUUCCUGCCAACUGUGUUGGACGCGUUGAAGGAAGGCGGUGCGGAGGUGGAGCAACACCCAGUUCUGCAGGCCUUGGAAAAGUUGCCUCGUCGCUCGUUUGUGAUCGAGAACAACGUGUUCUCGGUCAAAGCGUUUGUGGAGUCGCAUGUCCGACGAGAGGAGAAAUCCACUCAAGCGGGGUACUUCAGCUCCAUUUCGCAGUCUCUUCUCCUCCAAGGGUCGCUCCUCGUCGCGGUAGUUGGCGUGGGAGCGUUCCUCGCGCUCAAGAAGUAGGUCCAUCGUUGAUUGUCGUGUCAUUACGAUCUGCGAUCCGGAUACACAAUAUAACCAAAAAACCUUUUUAACCGA